AUUUGACCAACAUUAGCAGCUGCGCCAAUUUUCCGAAACCAUCAAUUAAACCAGAAAAGUGCGUUACAUCAAGUGCAUAAUAAAAGGAGAUCAUCGUCGGAGGAUAGUCCUGCGGGAGCAGAAGAAAGAAGCACAAACCACUCGCUGGAAACUGAUUAUUUGGACUGCAAGCAGAGGAGAAAUUGAAGCAGCAGCAGAAACGGCCAGACGUGCAUCUUCUUGCCAGGCGAAAUAUGACGACUAGAGGCCACCCGAAAUAGCUCCUGUUUCCUGUAUUGACCUCAUUGCUAAAAUGGUAGUGAAGUGCCCGCUACGCUGAGGCUUCCCUCUUGCGAUUUUCGGAGCCAGAUUGGACCGUGUAGCAUGGAAAGCAACGACAGCAGCGAUAGCAACGGGGACAGCAUAAAAUCCAUUCCCCGGCCGGACUACGAAGCCCUCUCCGCCAUUCACAGUCCGCAGCCACAGAUGCUGGAUGGCCACAUGGAUAGCCAGACGGAAAGCCAUUUGGAGCCGGCCAACAUGCCCAGCAAGCGCCAAAAGUAUGUGGUCAGCGCACCCCCAAGAUCCGCCAACGGGAGCAGUAACUCCUCCAGUUCGAGUCCUUCCAACAUCAAUGUGGGAUCCUCCCUGACCAUGAAACUGACGAAGGUCAGCACUUCCACCCCGAACAACAAGACCCAGGCCAAGGUGCCCAAGGAGAUGCUUGCCCUGCAACGAUCUCACAUUGAGUCCGAAGUGUUGACGAAUUUCGUUAUCGACGGAUCCAAGUUGAAGCGAAGGAAGUCGCGCUAUGCUGCCACGAAUCUCGUACACCACGCAGCUGUCGGGGAACUGUCCCGCAGCCUGAACUCCUCCACCAAAAAGAUGGCAAAGUCUUCUAAAGCCGCCCUUAAGCGGAGUAAGAGUAUCCCAGCUCCCAUUUGUGAUUCAGACGAGGAUUGGUGCCAGGAAGAAUCGGGCGGGAAGGUUGUCAAGAUCGGCAGAAUGCGGGGACGUUCUAUGGCUUUCGACGAAGGCGAGCGUCUGGCCCAUCUGAAUGCCGAGGACAGCAACAGUAUGCCAGCUGACCACCAACUCAACCGCUUGAAAUCCCGCAGCAAGACGCUGUCACUGACUAACAGCUGGAGCAACGACGAGCGAGCAUCGCGGAGGGGCAACAUGCGCAGCGAGAACGAAGAGUUUGCCAAGAAGCACAGCGCCUUCCUCGACAGCAUCAUGAACGAUAACCCAGAGACGGAGCUUGCCCUGAACACUUCGGGAGAAGCGGACGUCGACGUAGACAGCGACUGGCCCAGUGGGGAGCUGGAGGCGCAGAACUCUCUGUUCUCCGACGUCAGCGAGUCAAAGACUAUAGCUUCAGCGCCUGAAAAAGAGCAGGAGGAGGCCAUACAGAGGUUGAAAAUGAUCUGGCAAGAGCCGCCUGUGGCUGGCUGGGAUCCCUUCUGCUGGAAAUGCCGGCAAUGCGGAAAACUACAACCCUGCUCAAAGUGCCUGCGUUCGUUCCACUCGUACUGCGUGCGACCCGCCACCACCAAGUUCGACUCCUCCUGGAAGUGCCCCGAGUGCCAACUGAUCGAGACGGCUCCGAAGAGACUGCGGCGCAACGAUGUCUCCACCGAUCUGCUGAGCCAGCUGCUCUCCUUCGCCCUGGAGCGCAUGAAGCAUGUGCGCGGGGCCCACAAGCUGCGUUCGCCGCUAGAAGUGUUCCCGCAGACGUACAAAAAGUAUUUCGUUAACCCGGUGAGCUUCGAGACUCUGGCGGAAAAAAUCCGCAAUGGAGCCUUCCAGAACACCGACGAGUUUCUCGGCGAGGUCAAGUGGAUCCAGCACAAUGCCCUCAUCUUGGACAAUGGCGAUGCCAAAGUGGAGCAAGCCUCGAAGGCAGUGGUGAAGGUUUGCCGGCAGGAGGCGAAUGAAAUAGACACCUGCCCCGAAUGCUAUUUGAACGCCAACUCCAGCGACGAGUGGUUCGUCAAAGUUUGCCGACAACCCCAUCUCCUGCUGUGGGCCAAGCUAAAGGGAUUCCCAUACUGGCCCGCCAAAGCAAUGGGAUCCACCAAUCCAUCAUUGGUGAACGUGCGAUUCUUUGGCAAGCACGAUCGAGCCUUCGUGCCCGUGAAGGAUUGCUUCUUAUAUUCCGCUCAGAACCCAAACACCCAGACCAGUCGCAGGUCUGCGAGAGAUUUGGCUGAAUGCAUACACGAGGUGGAGGUGCACAUAGAGUACAUAAAGCGGAAGAUAGGAGCCUUUAACUACGCCCCAUUUCGCACCGCCUACGACCCGAUGGAGGAGCAACAGCAGCUGGAGCAAAUGAUGCCUGGCGUUUUUGCGGCCAUCGAUCGGGAGAUGGAGCCCGCGAAUAAAACGCCACUGCAGUUCCUCAUCCGCAAAACUGCGGGAGAUAAACUGUCCAUCGUCAAGAAGAGCAAAACAACUGAGUCGGGGAAUGAGUCCGAUCCUUCCAGCAGUCCGGCCAAGAAGGCCAUAGAGGCGGAGGUCGUACCAGUUUCAACAUCCGCAUCGAGUGAUCAUCCAAAGCACAAGAGCAGCAACUACGAAGUCAUAUCCAGGGCAGGCGAAUCUCUCAGCGACUCGCGUUGCAAGGUUCUUCUCAAGCGAAAGUCGCUAGCCACCAAAACCACAACCACCGCUUCUGUCGAAGCUCCGGAGUCUGUGACCACGAAGCGCAAACAUUCCCUAAGUGAUGCUAGUUGCACCAGUGAAUCCAGCGACUACAAGAAGAAAUCCAAGCAUGCCAGAAAGCAGCACGAGAAGGAACCCGAUAGAGACUCAGAGGAGAAAGCAGGAUCUAAUAAGGACAUUUUGAAAUUAAAGGAGCAGCUGCAGAAAAAGGAGACAUCGAAUCAGGAUCCAGCAAUGGAUGCCUCUGCAGCUGCAGUAGUUUCUGUUGUGGAGUUGGUCCAACGCCGUCAGGGAGUUACCAUCACCAAGAUUCCACGGGAACAGCCCCAGAAAGUGCAAGCCGAAGAGUCUCCAGCUGUGCCAACUACACUUCCGCCUGCCCCUCCUCCUGUUCCUCCAGCUGCCCCUCCACCUGUACCUCCGGCUGACCCUUCACCUGCUCCUCCGGAUGUCCCUUCACCUGCACCUCCUCCAGCAGCUAAGCCAGCAGCUAUCUCCACCCCUACUAAGACAAAAGCCCAAGAAAAAGCUGAAGCCCAGUCGGAAGUCGAACGGCAGCAGCAGCAACUCAUCAAGAAGGUUAUUCCGUUUGUGGAAAUCAAAACGGAAGUAAUGUCAGAGCCCGAGGAGGAAGAAACUGAAGAGACAACCAGAACACACCAAAAUCCAACGGAGCAGCUCGCCAAGCAACAAUCCCAGGAAGGGCACCUGCAAAGGCCGCAAAGGGUGACGGCUCCACCACCAGAUCCCCCGGUGGCAGCCCCCACACGACCUGCCCCCGCUGAACCAGUAGGAAACCUGGUUCCAGAAGCGAUUAAAAUUAAGGAGGAAAUCUUCAGCGAGGAGGAAAUGGAAACGGACGAACAAGAGCAACGAGCGAGUUUUACCCAAAGAUCGGAAACGAUACCCAUGCCGCAACCGAUGCCACCGCCCGCUCCAUUGCCGCCACGAACGGAAACUGUUAUCCAAUCGAUUCGGGAGGAGUCACCUGCCACAGAUGAGCUGGUGCGUUUUGUGGGCGACACAACCAUCCAACGGAUAAACCAAAAGCAGAGUGGCAAAACUACAGACUCAACAUCCAAACGUCGUUCAGCACAAGCGCCGCAAACAGCACAAGCACUUGGUCCAACAUCCUUAACAGCUCACUCAACGUCACCGACAUCUGCCCCUUUGCCCUCAGCCUCUCCUUCGCCGUCGGCAUCGCCCAAGCCCAGUGCGGUUCAUGGGACCAGCAGGACACCGUCGGUAACCCCUCAGAUGUCCCCGAAGAUCAAAUCGCCGGCACCCCAUCAGUUUAGGUCGAAAGGCGAGCGCACACCCAAUUCUACCUCGCCACCAAGUGCUGCCCAAGGCACACCUGCUUCAAAUCUGCUCCGAUCCAACAUGGUGGUUAUACCAGUGGAGCAGACGGCCAACUGCAAUCCAAACAAUCCCAUGACUAUACCUGUUCCUCCCUUGAGGGCCGUUUCCAAGAGCACGCUGCAAAACUCACAAGCUUCGAUGCCUAAUCUGCCGGGUAGCAGCACCCCAUCCAUGCCUCCCCCACUGGCAGACUUAAGUGGUCCCCCGACAAGUGCGGGCACGAACCCAACACAGGCUACAACAUCCAGCUCAGAGCAGAGCGGCAUUUUGGCCAAUGCUCUGAAUGGAUUGCCAAGCGAAACUGUGGUGGGUGAGACGAACCUUAACGAACCCAUAACUCCUGGAAUGGCCACGGCCUUAAGUGAGAUGCUUUUGCGGUCUGGUCCGCCCAAGUUGGUCGCUCGUCCUUGCGGCCCACUGCAGUCUGAUGGUUCCCAGAUCUAUCCAUCGCAAGCAGGACCGGUUUCCAGGAAACUAAAGGAGAAUGCCCACAAGAUCACGGACUACUUUAUUUCCGUUAUCGAGGACACACUCUGCGACAUGGGCUCCGGCGAACAGAGUGUGCUCCAAGCUCGCAUCGCCGGCCUUUUGUUGGAGAACGAGCGACUGAAGCAGCACUAUGAUCGUCAGGUGACGGACAUGCAACGCACCCACGAGCUAAUGCUAUCCGAAAUGCGUAAGACAAUAGAGCAGGAGAACAAACGGACAAUCAACGAACUCCGCCAGCAGAGCACCCUGGAGAGGAUGCGGGCCGUGGAGGAGGCGAAGAAAAAGCAGUGGUGCGCCAACUGCAUGCGAGAGGCACAACUCUAUUGCUGUUGGAACACCUCAUACUGCGACUAUCCCUGUCAGCAGAUGCACUGGGCCAAGCACUCGAGCACUUGCGGGCAGGCGUCCAAUAUACAGCUGAAUCCGCCGACGCACUCUGCUACCAUGCCUGUUGGAAUGGAACCCAUGCGAUCCAAAUCCAAGACCCCGAUGGCAACCACCUCGACGGCCAAUACGAGCGUCACUCCAAAUGCCAGCACCCAGAUAAUUCGAAAUGUAUCUGUUCCAGCAGCAGGACCAGCGAUGAGCGGUCCCGGUUCUAAGAAGUGGUCGCCAAUGCUACCCAUGAUGAACCCAUCCAAUCAGGAGGCGGUUCUCAAGCUGCCCUCCACCACCUAUCUGCGCCCGGUGGUCAGCAAUAUAGGAACCACUGUGACGCCCUCGCCGGUACUAAUUAAUACGAAUAACAGCGGCAUGAACGCGAUGAUGGUUUCCACUCCGGCACCGAGCAACCAUUUAGGCAAUCUCAUGCCUGGCCAGCGAAAUGCCAUCAGCUUUAAUCCAAAACCGCUCUCGCAAACAACUCCAAUUCAGCGCUUUAACAUACCUUUACCCAUGAAUGUGAACCCCAAUCCGCCGUUUAGUCUCAUACCAGAGCCCCCUCAUCAAAAGCCAUCAUCCAAGGCCACAGGGCGCAGUUCAGGAAAGAACAACAACCGCAUGCGACAAAUAAACAUGGCAAACAACGCCCCGAGCCCACAGGGCAUGAGACACAAUCAAAUGAAUCAAGUGUUUAAACAGUGAAUAGUUAAGGAUAAUAAAAAAAAGAACAGAGUAGAUAGAAAGGAGAUUGAACCGCCUGGAAAGACUGCCUGUAAUUCAGGAAAAUAGCAUCCUUGAUAUUCCAGAGAAA